UAAAAAAGAUUUUGACGUCAAAACAAAAAUGUGAAUAAAUUGUAAUAAUGUAUAAAAUAAUACGAAAAUGAGAAAAACUAGACUCAGAAAUGAAAAGUGCCGUUGCCCUAUGUUCACCGGUGAAUAGUAAAUUUUAAAAGUUACGAUGGUUUGACUGCGAGACAUUCUAAUUAAUCCUUGAAAGUCAACAUUCACUGAUCUUUUAAUGCGCUUACCCUGUUCGUAGUAAAACGCAUUUUAACGUAACUGGAUUGAAACGUAAAUUUAGAAGCAUGAAACUAUGGGAUACUAUAAAAUGUUACAUCAGCGAUUGCUUGAAUGUUAUGAUCGACAACUAUACAGUUACUAUGAUCGUCUUGUUGAUGCUGCUCAGUGUGUUCAUACCAUUUGUUGCUAAAGCAAUUCAUGAUUCUUCAGAGACGAAAGCGUUGAGGAAAAUUGUCAAUGCUAUUACAAGGGAGGUUGCUCAAGCGCAAACCGAUUACGAAGAGGUAGUUGGUGAAUACAGUCUUUUUCAAAACUCUAUGCAUGAUGUUGAAACUACUACUAAAAACAGCUUAGGUUACUGCGACAGUUGUCGACGUAUGUUAAAGUCGCAGGGUGUACAGUCGGUGGCAAAGAAAAAUAUGUUUCAACGCCUACUUCGGUCAUUCAGAUGCCUCCCUGAAACUAAAUUUCCAGCUCUAGAUUAUAAAAAGAAAGACUAAAAUAUGUUUAUGAAUCCAACGGGCCAAUUCUAAGAACAGCACUAUAAGAAUUGUAUUAGUGGUUAGAUCAAUUACAUAGUUAAAUCAUAAUUAAGAAGAUUAAAUGGUUACAUUUAUUGCUAAAUGCAUUUUUAAUAUUACCACAAACAUUUUGAAAGUGAGUUUCCACUACUGUAACACCUGACUAAAGAGAUAUUU